AUGAGCCGCGUGGGCAAGAACGUGGGGACCAUGUUCGGUGGCGGCGCCUACUUGGCGGAGGCUUCUUCAAAAAGUGACGAGUACAGCACGCAGGAUCCGAGCGGCGUCUUCAAAGAUCGCUACGCCUUCCUGCUCUGCCGCGUCACGCUGGGGAACAUGUUCUACAUUACAGAGUCCAACAUACCCAAGAUUGAAGAAGCCUUGGCCACGGGCCGAUACCAGACGGUCCUCGGAGAUCGUGAAGGUGCCGUGGGUACCUAUCGAGAGUUCGUGGUCUUCGACCAGGACCAGAUUUAUCCCGAGUAUGUUGUUAUCUACACAAGAUCCUACGACGCAAGUUGA